UUGUGUCUGCAACUCAUUAUUUGCUGGCUUCACAUACCGUAAAGUGUCGCUGAUUUUGUGGUUGAACAGUUGCAACUUUUCAACGGCGCAGAACAUGCGUGGAUGUACAUCAACAUGACGAAUUGCACAAGUAACAAGCAGCAAUUUUAUUUGAAGAAGAGGCUGUUCUAUAUGUACCCGGGCAAUGUUCUCGAAAGUCCAAAUCCCUAACAUUACUUGAGCGUGGAACGGUCAUUUUUUUCGCAUGAAUUACAAACGGAUUUGGGUCGGCUUUGUCGUUCCUUAAGAUUCAGGAUGAGAAAACCCAAAGUUAAUCGGAUGGUUCUUGCGAUGUGCUUGGGGUGUUUUAUAAUGGUUAUAUUCUAUUUUCAGAGCAACUUGAAACCAGCCUCAGCACAGGGUAGUGGGAGGAGCAGCGGCCGGGGGAAGUCAUGGAGGAGUCCACUCCAGAUGCUCUAUGACAGUGACCAGCUGGAGCAGUCGACAGUGCAGGUGACCCACCAGGGUCGGCGGGAGCUGCUGGAGGACGCCUGCCGCUCAUACACGCGCAAGCGUCGCGUGCUCAUCCCCGAGGACCUCAAGCACGUCAUUGUGGAUGACCAGCACGGCCUGCUCUACUGCUACGUGCCCAAGGUGGCCUGCACCAACUGGAAGCGUGUCCUAAUGGUCCUGACAGGCGCCGCUGGCCCCCACCGCGACCCCCUCGCCAUCCCCGCCAACGAGGCCCACGUGCCUGGCAACCUGCGCACCCUCUCUGAGUAUUCCACCUCUCAGAUCAACCAGCGGCUGCGCUCCUACCUGAAGUUUGUGUUCGUGCGUGAGCCCUUUGAGCGGCUCGUUUCAGCUUACCGCAACAAAUUCACACGCAGCUACAACACGGCCUUCCACAAGCGCUACGGCACCAAGAUCAUCCGCCGGCACCGGCCCAACCCCCAGGCCGAAGCACUGGAGCGGGGAGACGACGUCUCCUUCGAGGAGUUUGUGUACUACCUGGUGGACCCGGCCACACAGCGUGAGGAGCCCUUCAACGAGCACUGGGAGCGUGUGCACUCGCUGUGCCACCCCUGCCUCAUCCACUACGACGUGGUGGGCAAGUACGAGACGCUGGAGCAGGACUCCCGCUACGUGCUGCAGCUGGCUGGGGUGGAGGGCCAGGUGACUUUCCCUGCCUCGGCCAAGAACACCAGGACUACGGGAGACAUGGCCGCUCAGUUCUUCAACAACAUCAGACCCUUCUAUCAGAAGAAGCUGUAUAACCUCUACCACAUGGACUUCCUGCUGUUCAACUACUCCACGCCGGAGUACCUGAAAUUUUGAUGACGUUACGCUUCUUAGGAGGAGCCUUAGUUUGAACCAUCUAUCAUAAGCACUACAUAGUAGUUGGAACGUAGUAGUUGGAACGUAGUAGUUGGAAGCGUGACAUUGUGACAUUGUGCCCGGCCCCACUAGCUUAUUACUUGUUAUGUAUAGCUGAUGUCAGCUAUUCUGGCGGCUUUUAACAGCUGUUGCUUAUAACAACAUUAUGUAUAACCUCUGACAGAGGGUUCAAAAGAAGUGGUACAGACACUUUUAACAUGGAUCCUGGGACUCUUCAAAGCACAGGUAUGUUUUACGGAGAGGACUAACCUGGUGAAAUCUAAGGAACUGAAGAUAUCUUUCAUAUCAAAAGUGAAAGUGGCUUUAAGAUGAGACAACGGGGAAUGGACACUUAAGAUGAAGAUGUUGUACUGUUAGUAAUGAGCCAAUGGAGAUGAAAUGAUUGCCUCUGUAUGGGUCAAAUGCACCUCAGAAGUGCACAUUAACUCAAAAUGACCAAACUUUGACACCACCAACAAACUUUGGUUACAAUUAUUAUUAUUUCUUUCAAAGUUGAUUAUGUCACCACCAUUCUACAGUAAAGACUAAAAGGAACGCUAUCUGAAGGAAUAGGGGUGCUGAGAGUAUCUCUAUCAGUGCCUUUGAGUGGGCCGUAUGACUUAAAGGUGUAUGACAUCCUCUGGAAAUGUGACACCAGUGUUUUCCUUAUUCUGUAGAGAGUUGACUCUCAUUGGACGGUUUAUUUAUUGUGAUAUUUGUGUCCCAGUGUCAACAAACUGCAGAUAGAGCACACAUUUAGACAUUAGGAAUAACUACCAUAACAUCAGACAGUCAAGUAAACACAUCUAAGCAGUUUGUGUGUGUCUGUGUCUGGAAUGUUGGCGUAGCAGUCAACACAAAGGGUAAGAAUCCAUCUGUGCAAUAUGUUGAAUUUACUGUGUAUGUUUGAAAUAUUGAGGUCAAAUCAUGCAGUUUUAUAGGCCCUGUGAACAAAGGUAUGAGAAGAGAGUACUUUCACUGCAUUCAAAACAGUUGUGUCCAAUUAUAUAGGCAAUAGUUUUAUCAGUCUUGAUGUCAAUACUCUUCACAUUAUGCUCGUACCAACAGUGACCCUUCUGGAGGCUUGGACACCUGUCUGAUAAAGUCCACCUAAGACAAGUCUGCAACAUGGGGCUUACUUUGAUAGUUGAGUGAAAUUACAUUUGUUGGCAGUGGCUAGUUUAACAAAACCAAAAGUGUGUAAUGCUGUCACUCCUUGUCCACAAACUGCUUUCAAGGUAAAUAAAUAAAUAUUGUAACAUGUAAUUUUUUUCCAAACUAUCCCUUUAAGUAAAGGUCUAGCCAUUUGUCAUAGGCUUCACUUAAUCUGGAUACCUGCCAUGUUCUCUGACACAAUGUCAACACGGCACUUCUACAGUAUGUGCUCCACAGCCACGAGACAUGAACCUUGACCCCGACACGGUUCUAUCCCUACAGCACGGGCAUCGCUUUAUGGAAUUUGUGGUUUUGGUAAUGUUUUACCGUGUGUGUGUGAGAAAUAACUGUUGGGGUGAUCAGCACAGAUAUUUAUGCCCCCCCCCGUAGCAGAAGAUCGGCCUGGGUACCGUGAUGUUGAAAUGCAGGGUUGUCACAAGGACGUGUUUAAAUGUUGCUGGCGGUUAGGUCACAUUUUAUUGACCUGUUUUGUAAAAUCACAUGACAUGCAUUGAUUCUACUGUAAGAUAUGUGGGGUCAUAAAAUGGAAGACAGGCAUUGU